GUGUAGGCAGGUGAAUCCUUAUGGUUUAGCGGAAUUUUCUGUUUGACAUUCUCCAGGUAAUUUUUAAGCGUUUAUAAACUGCAAACAAGAGUAAGUGAAGAAAAUUGUUUCGUAGAGAUUCCAAAAUGAUGAUGCUUACUAUAAAAUGAAUACACAUCCGUGAAUGAAUACAGAUGAAGGAGGUUUCAAGACUGUAGAACUAAAGCAAUGGACCAGGAGCCAGCUAUGUGGAUAAGAAAAGAGGGAACAGACAAAGUAAAAACAGAGCUAUACUUCAUGGCCGAAGUUCACCCAUUCAACAUGAAUAUAAAAGAAGAGCUGGAGGAGGGUGUGAAUAAAGAGUCCAUUGAAGAUCCAUUGGGAAUAUCGUGGUCCGCUGAUUUUAUCAAGGAGGAUCCUGAAUUAAAUUUGGAAAUGAGUGUAACUGAGAAUAUUGUGGAAACCUCACCAGGAUAUGCAUCUGAUAGUACAAGAUUGACUCAGUGUACUAGUGGGAGCUGUGGCAUACCAUGUGAAGAAACUUGUCAGCAUAGACUGGUCCAGGAUGAGUUGGUGAUAGACAUGAAGUCAACACACGAGUUUGGUACCAAUACAGAAGAUACGACUGUUGAUAAGAACUGCUCAGUUGCCACGCGAUGUAACUGUAGUACGAGGGAAAAGGAGUUACAUGUAUAUAGCUGUAAUUUCUGCCAACAGAGCUUUCCAUCAAAAUACAGAUUCAUAAAGCAUGUGUUUAAGCACAUUGAAGGCACGCAACCACCUUCGUAUGUUUGUAAGUGGUGUGGUGAAGUAUUUCACAGUAAUGUUAGUUUGAAAAAACAUUUGAGAAUGAGUGAGAGUUAUCAUGUCUUAAUUGCUGGAAACCGUAAAAAAUAUGGCUCUAGUGAAGAGCAUCAAAGCAGUAUCUUCUCAGAUAGUGAGCCAGAAGUUUCUAUCGCAGAAUACAACGAGCUGAAUUCGUACAAGGGAACAUGGAAAGCUGCUAGUGACAUAAGUAACACACACAUGACAAAUAAUACCGAGGAAACAAAUCAUUAUGGAUCGUUAUCUACAACUGUUAAUGUCAGAUCACAGGGUGAUCUACUUACUGCAAACAGAAUCCACAAAUGUGAUAUUUGUGGCAAACAUUUUGCUGGUGCAGGCAAUCUCAAGAAACAUGGAUUAAUUCACACUAGAAAAAAACCUCACAAAUGUAAGAUGUGUGGGAAAUCUUUUGCUUUCCCAAGUGAUCUGAAGAAACAUGUAUUAAUUCACACUGGAAAGAAACCUCAUAAAUGUGAGCUUUGUGGACAAUCUUUUGCCAGGAGCAGCACUCUCAUUAGACAUACAUUAAUUCACAUUGGAAAUAAAUCCCACAAAUGUGAGCUUUGUGGACAAUCUUUUGCCAGGAGAAGCACUCUCAAUAGACAUACAAUAAUUCACAGUGGAAAUAAAUCCCACAAAUGCGAGAUUUGUGCGAAAUCUUUUGCGAGGGCAGACUAUCUCGAAAGUCAUACAUUAAUUCACACUGGAAAAAAAUCCCACAAAUGCGAGAUUUGUGGGAAAUCUUUUGCCAGCACAAGUAAACUCAAGGCACACACAUUAAUUCACACUGGAAAGAAACCUCAUAAAUGUGAGAUUUGUGGGAAAUCUUUUGCUAUCUCAAGUGAUCUCAAGAAUCAUGUAUUCCUUCACACUGGAAAGAAACCUCAUAAAUGUGAGCUUUGUGGACAAUCUUUUGCCAGGAGAAGCACUCUCAAUAGACAUUCAUUAAUUCACACUGGAAAGAAAUCCUACAAAUGGGAGAUUUGUGCGGGGGCAGGCGAUCUCAAAAGUCACACAUUAAUUCACACUGGAAAGAAACCUCAUAAAUGUGAGAUUUGUGGGAAAUCUUUUGCUUUCUCAAGCAAUCUCAAGAAACAUGUAUUACUUCACACUGGUAAUAAACCUCAUAAAUGUGAGAUUUGUGACAAAUCAUUUGCCCUCUCACAUUAUCUCAAGAAACAUGUAUUAAUUCACACCGGAAAGAAACCUCAAAAUUUUAGAGAUUCGUGCGAAAUCUUUUGCUAGGGCAGGCAAUCUCAAGACACACAGUUUACACACACCAGGAAGAGACCCCACAAAAGUUAUGUUUGUGGCAAAUCAUUCUUAGAUCAGCUGAUCUCAAGAUAAUUGCAUUAGGACACAUUGGAAGGGGACCUCAUAAAUGUGAUACCUUUGACAAAAGUUUCACUCAGUUGGGCACUCAAGAUACAUCAGAAAGAAACUACAAGCAAGGGUUAGUUUUUUGUAAGUAGGUUUUCCUGGUUGAUGCCGUCAGGGCGUGUAAAAUAAUGGAUGAAGCAAGGGGAGAAUAAAUUGUAAUGCCCGUGAAAUAACGUACAAAUGUGGUAUAAUUGUGGAACAAUGUAUACUAUAGAGUGGUAACAGAUAAUGUGACAAUAUAAAAAUCCAUAUCUGCUGCUUGAGAUGGCAAGAAAUUGUAUUACUAAAUACUCGAGAAACAUGACUCAAAUGUGUUUUUGUCAAUAACACUGCUGUUUUUUUCCUAUAGCUCUUGAGACAAGUAAAUUGUGUAUUGUGAUGAAUCCCUAUGUUUGUCAGUAAUUGUAAGUACCAUGCAAUAUUCAGUAUAAGGCCAAGGAUAUGUGAUGACUUGCUGCUUAUUAUUCCAAACAUAGUCAUCAUGUAGUACUUAAAACUGUGCAUUUUAGAAACGAUGACCUCAAAAAGAUAUUCAUGGCACUUCCUUCACAAAGGAUAGUAAACUCAACACUGGAGAAACAUGGUUAUGGGAAUUAUUUUAGUCAGGUAUGUUUUCUCAAGAGAUCUGUAUGGGAAAUGAAUAGUGUGUACAUUUAUAUUCUGUUAGUACUAAUCCUGUAUUAGUAAGAGUAACGACAAAUAUUGCUACCUGCUUAAUAGCAUGUUUGUUCACCUUUAGAACACAAUACUUCGACAGUUCUACACGAUAUGGACUUGGCAUGUCAUUUAUGUGUUUCUGGAUGUAUGUUGUACCAGUUGCAUUCGACACGUUCAGAUCAGGUACAUGGUGUGGUCAAGAUGUUAGGUACCAUACUACUAAGGCAACUGUAGAGUCGUUCUGCAUAUGUGACAUGGGCAGUUAUCCUGCUGGAAGAUGCCUUCACCAUGGGAGAGCAUAUCAGGCAUGAAGGAAUCUAUGCAGUAGCAAUAACUCACAUAGUCGGCAACUGUCAUGAUGCCUUCAAUUACUACCAGAUGUCCCAAAGGAGCCCGAGUGACUGUCCGCAUAGCAUAAUGGGCCCUCCACCUGGUGCCAUUUGCCUAGAUGAUAGCAUAUCUGGAUGUGGCAACUUACCGGGUGUAACAGGAAAUGUCACACGUCCUGACAGUUGGCAGUUGACAUUAGCAUUGACCUUCAUUCCAGCAUCAACGAUCCCUUGCCCACUGCAGUUGCAAUUGAACAUUUUUGUGGAGCCCCAUGUUCAACAAUAUACAUUCAUUUGUGGGUUCAAAAACUUCUAUGGCUGUUCAAGCAUUAGAUACGACACAUAUUGCCACAUGUCAACCUUCACAGAGCAGGAAGCCUCUGACCUGCAUGAUUUGAAAUGGAUAGGUGUAUUACAUGUUUUCAUAAGGUUAUCGAUUUAUCAUCUUUCAGCCCCUUUCCACAGAUGUUCACAAAAGUAGCAUAGAUCCAGCCUACCAGCUUCACCAUUUUGAGGUGCUUGUUCCCAAUAACAAUGCCACUGUAACCUGCCCUUUGCUAAAGUCACUUAUGUCAUUGGAUUUACAUGUCUGUGACCCAUCUAAUUGGUAGAACAAUUCCUUGUUAAUUUCUGGUCUGCUUAUAUACUUGUAAUCUGCUUAUUGCAUCAUGUACGUACAACAUGUGGCAUUCAUACUCCUUGCAGGCAGUAUUCAUGACAUUUUUGCUCACCAUGCAUCUCUACAUGAAUGGGUCAGAUGCUAAAAUGUGUAAUCUAAUAAAUUCAUUGUUCUUGGUUGCCAUUUACACCAGUGCACAAUAGCUAUAUAUUUUUUGUUUUACAAAGCUCUGUACAUGAUUGAGAGAUAAUGAAGAUAGGUCUUAUGCACCAAAGCUCUUAAUUAUUUUUUCAGCAUUCAAUACCAAGUAAGUUCUACACAAAAUUAAAUAGGUAAACAAACAUUAGGUCUUACAAUUUGAUUCCAAUUAUUCGUAUACACAAUAACAACACUUUGGAGAGCUCAGAACGUGAGUACUAAAUAUUUUUUGCGUUUUAUUCAAAAUUGUUUCCAAUGUGGAUACUUUCCUUACUUUGUGUAAAUAAACAUGACGUUUUUGGAAAUCUGUAUUCAUGCUUUCUUUUUAAUUUCAGAACGAUUGUUUUUAUUUCCGAUUUCUGACCUGUUUGUUAUUGGCGAAAGUGGUUUAGUAUGUCAGCCACAGUUGAAACAACUGGAGAUAGUUAUAAUUGAUUGGCACUGUUCUGUUUUGCUACACUUCAGCUGUGACACUUUGUAGUGAUGUGAUUACAUUUUAUUCCAUCUUUCUCAUGAUAGGACAUCCACAACUGCUGUAUAGAUUAUUCA